AUGAAAACGAAUAGGAUUACAGUUGUUACGCACAAUAUCGUCAAAGUUCACAAUUCUCCUUCGAUCGAUCCUAGUUUAGUCGUUCAAAAAAUGGGCGAGCCAACACACACUUCAUAUUUCAGUAAUCGAAAGAGAAAAGUUCUAUGUGCCGCAGUAUUCGUCGUAGUUGUUGUACUAGUCAUGUUGAACAUUCUGAUCCCGAUAGUUGUUGUUAGAAGGAACAAAACACACUCAUCUUCGUUAAUAGCAUCAACACCGACGGUGAUAACAACAACAAUGAUCACUGGAUCAAGUACAAUUACAGAGGAAGGUCAAGUAUCACUUGUUGCCGUGAAGAAAAGCGUUAAAGGUGUACAUCAUACAGUUAUGGGUGGUAGUAGUAUGGAAGCAGGAGCCGGUGAUGAUUCGGGACAUUAUUUACCAUAUAACACUCCAGCUAAGGCUUGUGAUAACGAUUUAACAACUAAAUAUGUGAGUUUCGGACCAUGUUAUUUGUAUAAGGAUGGUGAUAUGUGUGGAUUGAAUACUGGUUUUUAUCUUGAACUACAACAUGGUCCAACAAUAGUCAACGCACUACGAAUCUGUACAGCCAACGACUCUGCAGAAAGAGAUCCAACGGUUGUAUCGUUAGAAGGGAGUCAUAUCUCAGGGAUACCAUUGAUUCGUGGCACAAGUUGGACUCCGUUGUAUAAAGGUGCUAGCGGACUUGAGAAAGAUCCUGGACGAAGCAAAUGUGGUCCCAUUCAACAUUUUGAUAAUGCAAUCAAAUACAAAAGCUAUCGCUUUCUUGUCUCUGGCAAGCGAAGUGUCUCGAACAGUGUUCAAUAUUCUGAAGUACAAUUAUAUAAAUUUUGA